AUGCAUGGUGCAGUGAUAAUCAUCGUCCAGGCCUCCGCGCUAAGGAGCUUUGGUGGGAAGUUUGGCGAUCUCCUUCUCCCGCCAAGAGACGCGCCACAAAAGGCGUUGCUUCGAGUGCUUAUCCUCUUGGCGCGGGGAGAAGAUGCGGAGGAGUUCAGCGGAUUAUUCCCCUACACACGCCGUUCUUCUCAUUCAGCUCGAAGCUCUGCUGAUAUGCGUGCUGCAGACGGGUCACAGCUCAAUGUCAACGUGGGCCGAUGGGCUUUCAAAUAUUCUAGGCCAUCGGGAGCCCGACUGCGAAGGAGGGACGCCCACAACAGCUAA